AUGUCGGACACCAAGGCUACAGACAGCUUCGACAACAGGCGCAGUACGGACCAUGAGAAGUCUUCAGGCCCGGAGCGCCGGCGCUCGUCCAUCGCGGAUUUGAACAGAAACAAGAACUUGGACGCAAAGAUCUCCAACCCUCUUGCCGAUAUCCCCCAAGAAGAGUUGUUGGCCAAUGUUGAAGAAUUUGCAAACCGUGCCGGCAUGGCCUCCGAGGUCGAGCUGAUAAAGAAAGGUGCCUUGGUCGCCCAGAACCCAGGCCAAUUUGAGAGUCUCUCAUUCCUCACCGAGGAUGAGAAGGACGCCCUCCGCACAGAGGUUUCACGCAAAUGGAAACAUCCAAUGAAGCUAUACAUGACCGUCAUAGUCUGUUCCAUCGGUGCCGCAGUCCAAGGCUGGGAUCAGACCGGCACCAACGGUGCCAAUUUGUCGUUCCCAGAAGCCUUUGGUCUGGAUACACCAGAAGGACAGCCAGGCUACGAAAGAGACUUCUGGAUCAUUGGACUUGUCAAUUCGGCGCCUUACAUCGGCAGCGCUUUCCUGGGCUGCUGGCUUUCCGACCCCUGCAACUAUUACUUUGGUCGUCGAGGUACCAUCUUCACAUCAGCCAUCUUUCUGAUUGCAACGCCCAUCGGUGGAGCGUUCUGCCAAACUUGGGAACAGUUGCUUGCCACACGUAUCGUCAUGGGCAUCGGUAUGGGUUUGAAGGGCGCCACGACACCUGUGUUUGCUGCUGAGAACUCUCCUGCUGCAAUCCGAGGUGCCCUUGUGAUGACAUGGCAAUUUUGGACGGCUUUCGGGAUUUUCCUAGGGACUGCCUUCAACCUGGCUGUAUGGAAAGCUGGUGACAUUGGCUGGCGUCUUCAGCUCGGUUCCGCCUUUAUUCCUGCCAUUCCCCUGGCUAUUUUGGUCUUUCUCUGCCCUGAGAGCCCGAGAUGGUAUAUCAAGCACGACAAAAUAGACAAAGCAUAUCAAUCUCUCCUCAAGCUCAGAAACCACCCUCUCCUCGCUGCUAGGGACUUGUACUAUAUCAGUACUCAGAUUGAUAUCGAACACGACAUCGUCGGCGAUUCUACCUAUAUCUCGCGAUUCAUGCAGCUGUUUACCAUGCCUCGCGUCCGUCGCGCCACUCUGGCUUCCUUUACGGUGAUGAUCGCGCAACAAAUGUGUGGCAUCAACAUCAUGGCCUUUUACUCGUCGACCAUCUUCCGGGAGGGUGGAGCGUCCGACUUUGAGGCGCUACUGGGUUCCUUUGGCUUCGGCGCCGUCAACUUCCUCUUCGCCAUUCCCGCUUUCCUCACGAUUGACACGUUCGGUCGACGUGCCUUGUUGCUGUUCACAUUCCCGAAUAUGGCCUGGACUCUCCUUGCCGGGGGGUUUGCAUUCUACAUCCCAAAAUCGAGCAGUGCCCACUUGGGUGUCAUUGCACUGUUUGUGUACCUUUUCGCCGCCUUCUACUCGCCCGGUGAAGGUCCUGUACCAUUCACGUACUCGGCCGAGGUCUUCCCACUAUCUCACCGCGAGGUUGGCAUGGGCUGGGCGGUCGCGACGUGCCUCUUCUGGGCCGCAGUACUGGGCUUGACCUUUCCCAAGAUUCUCGCAGCAUUCACGCCGACAGGUGCCUUUGGCUUCUUUGCAGGCCUGAACAUCUUGGCCCUGAUCAUGAUCUUCUUCUGGGUUCCUGAAACCAAGCAACGUACACUCGAAGAACUGGACUACAUCUUCGCGGUCCCGACCCGCAGGUUCAUGUCAUACCAAACCGGCACCUGGCUUCCGUGGUUCAUCAAGCGCUACAUCUUCUGGCAGAAGUCGGCCGAGCUGAAGCCACUGUACACCCUCGACCGCGGCAUUGUCAGGGAUAUUAGCGAGCAGCAACGCGAGAUGCAUGAACACGAGGAGGCAGAGAGACGCGCGAGUGUCACGCGAGAAGAGAUCAAGACGGUUGAGACAGCAUCGGGGAUAUGUGAGUGGAUGGCAGAAGAAAACGGAACCGUCUUGCGACGAUCGAGCACGGCAGAGAUGAACCAGGAUACAGCGUCGGUGUCCUCACAGAAGACAUCUCUCUCGCUUUACAACUACCGAUUAAAUUCACUGGACCGUGCCAGAAUAGUCUUUCAGCACCGAUGUAUUCCAGAACACCUCGAGCACAGAGUCAACGCCCUCGUCCAGCCUAAGCUCGAUAAAGAAAGGGAGAAACUCGUUUUCGCGAUUGCAGAUGGCUUGUGCGAUGACUUUCCUGACGUCCUGGAAGUCGCGAGUAGAGAGGAUGAUUGCGUCGAAUUGAUAUAUCAGGCUUUAGAAGCAAUGAAUCGCCAGCUAUUCGGCAAAACUUUUGCCUUCCGAAGGAAAGCAGACUGGGACCCUGCCCUGAAACCUAUGGUUCAACGAAAGUCCUACCGCUCCGAUCCUCUGGACAAGUCUCUCAACGACAUAGGCGUUUCCGAUGACCGCCCGAACAAGCGGCAGCAGGCAGAGACGUCUUGCGCUUCGUCAGGGAGUAUCGAGAUGACCAUGCCGCCACCGCCGCCACCUCCGCCAAAGCUUGACAGUAACUGUGUCAAGAACGCUCGCCCGGACAUUACGAUAGGAUUUCUCCACGCGGUCGUCGCCAAGAAAUUGGUGUCGUUAGGAGUCAACAAGCUGGACGCUGAGGAGAUAUUGAAGGAUCUGCAGUACGAACAGGAGCUUUUGUCCAGUCCCACCCUCCCCGCACUUCACAUGCGCUUUCCAUCCAUGGUCGUCGAAGGGAAGUCGUACGCGACUGGCAAGAGCAUGUACGAGGCAGAGAACCAGGCCGCUGGAUCUGGAAGCUGCAUGCUCGUCAUGCAGGGCCGGCUCGCCGAGCUCACUGAACGUCGCUCGCCAGGAACCGAACAAGGCAAAGACCCUCUCGCCUUCUCCAUCACCCAUGAAGGCCCCAUCCUCCUGCUCUGGCUAUAUUAUACCACGUCGCUGGAAAACGCCCGCUUCUACAACUUGCACGUCCUGAGCGUCUGUCACGCGACGAUCCGGCCCACGACCAGGGAGUUCUUUAAUGCGUUGGCGGGGGUCAUGGGUUGGGCCAGCACCGAGUUUUUGGAGGACCUCGCCGCGCAAUUGGUGUUGAUUUGGAAAUCUACACAGACACAGAAGUAG